AUGCUCUUGUAUUAUUUUGCUAGCGCUGUAAAGUCAAUACAAUUUCAUGUAGAUGAUGAUAUCAUUGAUAAACUUAACUAUUACUACACCACUUCAGUCAUUAUUGUGUUUGCGAUUCUUGUCUCCGCUAAGCAAUAUGUCGGUUUCCCGAUUCAGUGUUGGGUACCAGCAACGUUUACAGAACCGAUGGAGCAAUAUACGGAAAAUUAUUGUUGGGUGCAAAAUACAUAUUUUUUACCUUUACACGAUUAUAUCCCUCAUAAUUAUGCCGAAAGAGAAAAUAGACAAAUUGGAUAUUAUCAGUGGGUACCAUUCGUACUUGCCUUGGAAGCACUUCUUUUCUAUGUACCAACUAUCGUUUGGAGGUUACUCAGUUGGCAGUCAGGUAUUCAUGUACAAUCAUUGGUACAAAUGGCUUGUGAUUCGCGCUUAUUGGAUUUGGAUUCUAGAAAUAGAGCCUUGCAAACGAUUGCUACAAAUGUCGAGGAGGCACUUCAUGUGAAAAUAAAUAUCAUUAAAUUAUUUAUUUUUGAUUUUCAUAUGGGUGGAAAUCGAUUGAAAUUGUUAAAUUUGAUCAUUUGUACUCGCAGCAGUGGUGCUGCCGUCACAUUUUUGUAUAUUUCGGUGAAAAUUUUGUAUACGGUAAAUAUCGUUGGACAAAUUUUCUUACUCAAUACAUUUUUGGGCAAUCGUAGCAAAUGGUACGGAUUACAGGUGCUAAAUGAUUUAAUGAAUGGACGAGAAUGGGAAGAAUCUGGUCAUUUUCCUCGUGUCACACUAUGCGAUUUUGAGGUCAAAGUGCUUGGAAAUGUUCAUCGGCAUACCGUUCAAUGCGUCCUCAUGAUAAAUAUGUUUAAUGAAAAAAUAUUUCUCUUUUUAUGGUUUUGGUAUUUUCUGCUCGCUGGUGCCACUGUUUGUUCACUUUUAUAUUGGAUAUAUAUUUCUAUUGUCCCUAGCAGGCAAUUAAAUUUUGUCGGAAAGUAUUUGACAGGUAUUGAAGGCUAUAAAAUGGUUGACAGUCAAUCAUUACGACGUUUCGUUUUUCACUUCCUCAGACAAGAUGGUGUGUUUUUGCUACGAAUGGUUGCAACACAUGCUGGAGAAUUACCCUGUUAUGAACUUGCCAAAACUUUAUGGAACAAAUAUUGCGAUAAUAAAGAAGGAAAAAUGCAUGAUGUAUAG